GAGGUAAAGAAUUUGUGGUGAAGGGGAGGGGUAUUCCAAAUAAUAAUAUGCUAAAAUCCCUUCCCCCAUAACUCACCCUCCUUGCGCAAACACAUGCUCCUAAUUUUCCCUGAAUACAUAGUAAUCCAGUGCUGGUGGGACACAGAUCCACCAGUACACUCCGACGUUGUUUGGAAGACUGGUAGGCAACUCUUGAGGACUUAGAGGGCUGUCCCACACAGCUGGUUCUAUCAUUACUUAGAACCGUGAGGAUCAACAUGCUUUUUUUCUUGCUCUUAAAUGCCAUUUUUCUUUUGAGAGGAGCUUACACGUUAUAAAGUAUCACUUUUUGUACCCAGCACUUAUUGAGAGGCUCGGGAUGGUUGGGAGACAAAGCGGUCCCUUUUGAGGUUCACCUAACACAGGAUUGGUGGUAUGAGAGGAUAACCAAUGCCAGAUGUGUGGAAGAACAAUCUGACUGAUUUCAUUUAAAUGAACAUCGACCUCCUUCAGUAUUACUCUUUGCUUGCAAUGGCAAGUUAAUGCUUAAUCUAUGAGCAAUAACUGGUUAGCACAUGCCCAUAGCCGUGUGCAUGUUUAUGGGAGGUCAGAUGGAGACAAAAAAAGCAGCUCAGUUCUGUUUCAAGUUCAGUUCUGAGUUUCAAGCUUUACCAACACAACAGGAGGCGGGAGGCUCUUCCAGAAGGACUGGACAUGGCCAUAGGAAUAUAUAUCUCAAAGGUUCUGGCCAUAGCCACAGUGGUAAUGACCGUCUCAUCUAUUGGAGGAAUAAUUACAAUGAUGAUUGUGUAUGAGACCGAAAGAAUCAAGAUAAAUCCUACACCACCACCAACACCUAAUGCCACUAUUCUGUAUCCAACUGGACCACCACCCAACCUGAGACUCCCUGGAAACCUCAUUCCAGAGAGAUAUGAACUCGUCCUACAGCCUCGCCUCUACACCUUUAUAAACAACGCUACCAACCAAUCUCUCAUCUUCACUGGAAACUCCACUGUGUAUUUUAGAUGUGUGGAGAAAACCAAAACUAUCUUCCUUCACAGUAAACAGAAUGUGACUGAUGUAACAGUGAAAGAUCUUGACAAUAAAAAGACCAUCAACGUUAAGAACACCAUACUGUAUAAUAAUGAAAGCAACUUCUUAGAGAUUCGACUGGAAGGUGUUUUGGAGGAAGAUGGGAACUACAGUCUCUUUACUGCAUUUGAGGGAGAGCUCCUUGAUGAUCUGGCUGGUUUUUACAUGAGUUCAUACAAAAAAGAACCAAGCACAAAGGAUGACACUAAAACGUUGGUCGGGAAUGAAACUAUUGUCGACCUUGACGAAAGAUUCAUUGCUACUAGCCAAAUGCAGCCAACAGAUGCCAGGAAAGUAUUUCCUUGUUUCGAUGAGCCAGCCAUGAAGGCUGAAUUUAAAGUCACUAUCAUUCAUAGGUUUGGUACGCACGCACUAGCAAAUGAGAAAGCCACAGGUACAACCCUUGUGGAUAUCGAUGGAGAGAACUGGGAAGUCACUCGCUUUCAAACGACUAAGAAAAUGUCAACAUACCUCUUAGCUUUCACAGUAUCUGAUUUUGAUUCCAUCGUUUCUAAACAUGAAAGAGUUGACAUUAAGACAUAUGCUAGACCGGAGGCCAUAAAAGCUGGACAUGCAAAAUAUGCUGCAGAUAUCACUGGAAAUAUACUGGCGUUCUAUGAGAGUAAAGAAGUAUUUGGCAUGAUUUAUCCUUUGAGCAAGCUAGAUCAGAUUGCUCUACCAGACUUCAGUGCAGGUGCCAUGGAGAAUUGGGGCUUGGUAACAUAUCGUGAGACAGCUCUGCUAUAUGAGGAAGGGGUGUCUUCCACAUCAGACAAAGAGUGGAUUGCUACAGUUAUUGCACAUGAGCUUGCCCAUCAGUGGUUUGGAAACCUGGUGACAAUGAAAUGGUGGAAUGAUCUGUGGCUGAAUGAGGGAUUUGCAACAUAUAUAUCCUAUAUGGGAGUGGAUCACAUUGAGCCAAAAUGGAACAUAAAAGAUCUGAUUGUUCUAAAUGACAUCCAGACUGUAUUUCAAGUGGAUUCGUUGGCCUCAUCCCAUCCUCUAAGCUCUAAUGAGGACGAUGUUCAAACUCCUAGUGACAUCACUGAGCUUUUUGAUUCCAUCACCUACAGCAAGGGGGCAGCUGUGCUGAGAAUGCUUUCAGAUUAUCUGAAGGAUAAGGUGUUUAUGGAUGGUCUAAAAAAAUACCUUCAGGCUUUCCAGUAUAGUAAUGCUGUAGACAAGGACCUGUGGGAAUAUUUACAGAAGGCGGUGGACAACGACGGCAGCCACAUUAAAGUUGCUGAAGUCAUGGCAACUUGGACAAUGCAAAUGGGCUACCCAGUCAUCACCAUCAACACCACCACUGGGGACGUUUCUCAAGAACAUUUCCUCCUAAUUCAACCAUCUGACUACAAUUAUACAUGGCAUGUCCCAAUCAAAGUGAUGAAGGAAGGUUUAGCUCCCACAGCACUACCUACACAAGUACUGGCUGUUCCUAAAGAGCGGAAGUCAGCGUUCAAGUCUGAAGAUGGCAAGUGGGUGCUCGCCAACAUAAACUGUAUGGGAUAUUUCAGAGUCAACUACGAUCCAGCAAAUUGGGAUAGACUGCUCUCUCAGCUGGAAACUAAUAUUCAUGAAAUUCCACUCAUCAACCGGGGACAGCUUAUUGAUGAUGCAUUCAACCUGGCAAGGGCCAAACAUAUUAAUGUGACACUGGCUCUGAGAACUACCAAGUACCUCCGGAAUGACACAGAGUACAUACCAUGGGAAUCAGCACUGAGAAACCUGGACUAUUUCAUUCUCAUGUUUGAUCGCUCUGAGGUCUAUGGCCCAAUGCAGGCAUACAUGCGAAAGCAAGUUGGUGGCCUUUAUCAACAUUUUGAAAAUUUCACUACAGUCCCCGAGGAUCCUUCUGAACAGUACAACCAGAUUAACGCCAUCUCAGUCGCAUGCAGCAAUGACAUUGAAGACUGCCAAAAAAUGGCAAAAAAGCUCUUUGACAACUGGAUGACAAACAAAACCAGCAAUCCCAUACAACCCAACCUGAAGGCCACCAUCUACUGCCAAGCUAUAGCUGCUGGGGGAGAGAAGGAAUGGGAAUUUGCUUGGGGCAAGUUCCAGAAUGCCACCACAGCAUCGGAGAAAGACAAAUUAAGAUUUGCCCUCUCAUGCACCAGGAAGAUCUGGCUCCUGAACAGAUACCUUGAGUACACUUUGAACCCUGACAAGAUAAGAAAAAUGGAUGCCAUUUCUACCAUCAACUACAUAGCCAGGAAUGUGGCAGGGCAAGCAAUAGCCUGGAAUUUUGUCCGCGCCCACUGGAACUCCAUCAGCUUGGAGUACGGAGGAGGGAUCAUGUCAUUUGGCCGCCUGAUUGAGGGAGUGACGCAGAGAUUUUCCACGGACUUUGAGCUCCAAGAGCUGAGGCAGUUCCAGAGCGACUAUAAUGAAGAGGAAUUGGGUUCUGCGAGCAGGGCCCUAGAGCAAGCCAUUGAGAGAACCCAGGCCAACAUUAAAUGGGUGAAGGAAAACAAGCAGACUGUUCUGGAGUGGUUUAGAAAAGAAUCAAGUGAGAGCAGCUGAACUGAGCUGAUGGGAUGAAAAACAGAUUUUAUUUUAUUCUAAUUACAUACGAAAACAGGUUCCAUAUAAUCAACAUGCAAUAAUAUUCUAAAAUAAAUAUGUAUAUUUCAAUGUUUGAAAGGAAUUACGUCACUUUUAAUUCAACAGGAAAUUCUGUUUUAUUUUAACAAGUAACAAAUCCACCAUGUAUUUUUGAGACUUUCCAAUAUUGUUUACACUGACAAAGUACUUUCUCAGGUUCAUUGACAACUACAAUUAUUCUGUUAAGACUAUCAAACAACACGCAACUAUAGCAAUAAUAUGUCUUUAUGUAUUUGUAAAAGUAUUAUGCACCAAAGUAUUGCAUAUUGCAUCUUGCCAUUUUCCUUUUUUAAAUCAAUGUAAAUGUUUGGGCUAUCAUGUUUGGAGGCGUGAGGAAUAUUCAACAAUAAAUAUAUACAUAAUUGUA